UUUUAACCAACAGACAUUUGAAUACAAACGGUGCAGCAAAACACGUAGACAGACAAUAUAACAAUCCUUACAGGCAUAUAUUCUUUGUCGUCUAAUAUUACUGCAGAUUAUUGAACAGUUGUGACCAUCUUCUUUGUUUAUAUCUGAAAGUAUAUGUUAUACUUCCCCCCUGGUGGCCAAGGCGUCCACAGCAGAAGGGGCUGCAUAAGGCAGAAACAUUUGUCAUUUACAUUCUAUUUAAAUGUAUAUUGCAGUGUGAAAUUUGUAUUAUUAAAAAUGUUCUAACUCUUUUUUUGGGCUGGAACGGAUUAAUGACAUUUCCAUUCAUUUGAAUGAGAAAUGUUAUCAUUUGGGAGUGUUUUGAGUUACAAGCGUGGUCACUAUUAAACUUGUAAGUUAAGGCACCACUGAAUACCGUAAGGACAGGAUGGCGCCGAAAAACAUUUUCCAGCUUCUGCGAUCUCCGACAGUCAUGAUCCAGAGGAAGGAGGUGGUGCUGUCCACCCUGAGAGAGCUUCAGGAGGCCACGGAGAGCUCGGGCCUGGACGCGCUGGUCCUGAAAGCCCUGGAGGUGGACCGGCUCCUGGCUCCCUUCCCGCUGCCGCGCCUGCCCUGCCGGAGCUUCCCCGAGUGGGCCGGCGUGGACGACGUCGCCCGGGGCCUGUACCCGCGGGACGCCCCUGCCGACCUCGUGCCGCUGCGCUGCAAAGGAAAGGGCAACUUGCUGUUCGCCGCCGCGAGCAUGCUGCUGUUGGGCAACAGUGGGCUGAGCUUGGAGUUACAGGUGAGGACGGUUGUGGAAAUGGUCCUGUGGAAGAGGUACUACCUGUCCGGGAUGAUCGACUCCAAGAUGAUGCUCCAGGCGGUCCGCUUCAGCCUCUGCGCCGAGGAGUCCGAGGCCACGCUCAACCUGUCGGUGAGCGUCCUGGAGGCCAUCUUCGACGCCGACGUCAAGGCCUCGUGCUUCCCCGACUCGUAUGCCAACAUGUGGCACGUGUACGCGCUGGCGUCUGUGCUUCAGGUGAACAUAUACUCCGUCUACCCCAUGUUCAACCACAAGAUCCGAUCCUACUUUAACCGAGUCAUCCGGCCCAGGACUUGGCCCAAAGAGCGCGAGCCUCAAACCUUCCACAUCAUGUGGUCCGGCGAGUUGCAAGCCGAGACUUUGUUCCGACCCGAUCACUUCGUGGCGCUGGUCCACGUGAGCGACUUUGCUUCGAAGAGCGAGGAGCCCAUCAACCAAGACUCCCAAUUCUCCUAUCCCAGUCUGAAGGACAAGUACAACAUCACAAAGAGGACCUUCUACCGCUGGAAGAGGCAGUCUCAGGAGCACUGUAAGAAGUCCACAGCCCGCUACGAGGCCAAGUACUUCCUGCAGGCGUGCUAUCUGGAAGGGAAGCUCAUCCCGCUGCACCAAUUCAAAGAGUUCUUCCCAGAAAUCUCCAGGUCUUCCUACUACAACUGGAAGCAGGAGCUCCUGAAGUCGGGCGGAACCUUCUCCACGUCGUCGUCCACGGGAGAGAUAAGUCCCGGCGAGAGCACGGAGCAGGAAGCCUGGUCCUCGCCUGAACUCAGACAGGACGAGUCAGACCAACAAGACAGCGUGGCCGGCAUGUUCCAGCUCAGCUUGGGGCCUCUGGAUCUGGAGCGGGCCCAGAGUGUCGCCCACAUGCAGCAAGCCAAACGCUGCUUGCAGAACUGCAUAGCCACCAAUGCCUCAUUUCCCUUCAGGCUCUUCAAGCGCAACUUCCCAGGCAUCUCCAGGUCUACCUACUACAACUGGAGGAGGGAGGCCCUGCUGUUCAACGGAGGCUACAAAGCCAGCAGCUCGGACAGCUCGGACGCCGACAAGAGCCAAAGUCCUAAAAGCAUCUCUCUGGUGUUGCAGAACAUCGGGGAAGCAGCUCCAUGGACCAAGAUCUGCAGGCGUAAGCACAGAAGUUUCCAGCUGGCGUACAUGAGUAAGAAACAACUCCGAGAGGUCGCCAAGCUGCUGGUCCAGAAGUCCAAAUUGUCCUUGAGCAAGUUCAAGCUCAGGUUCCCGACUUUGUCCCUCUGCUUCUUCUGGCUGUGGCGUAGCGGCAACAAAAAGAGGAUGGUGACCGAGGUCAACGCCCCUGAAGUCGAGGAAAGGCCGAUGGCCAUCGUCAACAUCGUAGACAACCACAAGGCGCUCCCGCCCGCAGAGAUCCCCGCGUACGUUGCCGGCCCCGGCGCGGCACAUCCCAAGCACAGCCUGGCGGUCUCAUUGCCGGACAGGCAGAGGCUGGCCGUGGACGUCGUGGCUCUGGCCAACUUUAAAGCCAAGGCCAAGCUGUUUCUGCAGCAGCGCUUCGAGGAGAAGUCCUUCCCCACGUUCAAGGAGUUCCGUUCCUACUUUCCCUUCACCCCGCGCUCCACCUAUUAUAUGUGGAAGCGGGCUCUGCACCACGGGGUGUCGCUGGUUCACGGCUGAAGCCUGGCACAUCCCCGCAGUUGGAAAAUUUGCACAGGUGUGAGACUGUGAGUGAGUCGCGGGCGUGUUGAAGCCCCGCAGGCAAAAGGCAGUUCAAAGCUUGGACUCCCUGCUAAGCAUCGUACCGGGCACCCUUUUCUUUUAUUGUUGCAUAUCAUGUGGACUGUUUGUAUGAGCUAGGGUUCUUAUUACAGUUUUUUACUUCACCCAUUUUUAUGCCUUUUUUUGCUGAGUAAUCAACACUAUAGAGACUUGCACCAAAGACCAACACACUGUGAAUGUACCAUUUUGAUCAAAAAUGCACCUUUGUGGUUAUUCCAAAGACGCCUGAAUGUAAGUGAAUAUAUUUUUUUGACAAUUGCUCAUUUCAAGACUACCUAUUCCCAUUUGCCUUUCAUAAGCUGCUUUUUUUUUGUACGUGCAGUGUUACAUUUGUGCUCACCUCAUGUAAAAAUAAAAAGUGCCGCAGACUUUUUGUAUUUAUUUCCCGUCAGUGGCUGAAGGCAAACGUUGCUGUAAGCUUGUAAAAUAAAUAACUGCACCAACAUCAGCAAUUUUGCUUCGGUUUAGAGCGGACCACUUUUUUUCCCCUGCAAAACUGGACCUGAAGGUCUCCAUGGC